AUUGCCUUAAGAGAUGCUGUGCUUUUGGACUCAAUUACAGGAGCGUUGGGAGCACCAUUUUUAUUGGAGGACCCAUCAAACCAGUUCCUACAUCUGAAAAGACACAUAUAUUUUCAGGAUUACUGGAACCCAGAUCACAGUCCGAAUACAUGGGGAAACACACUGACUGAUCAGGCUCAUGAAACAUGGACUGCUUUGAAAACAACAGCACAGUAUUAUCUGAAUGUGAAUACUUUCACUCUUGACAUGUCUACUGCCCAGUAAAUGUGCUUUGCUGGUUAAAUCAGGAUAGCAAGAAUAGAGGGAGACAAAAAGUGGCGAUGUACCCAAACAACCAGCUUUGGAGACCUGAGGGCAAAUCCAUACCGUCUACUAGGUUAUUUAUUAUGUCUGCCUCAUGGAGCUGUUGAAAGGAGUAAAUACGAAAACCCACAUAUAGACCUAGAAUUAGAAAUUCUCAAUAAAUGGUAGCUCUUAAAAUGAGAACUAAAAUAGAGACUGUAGUAAUAACAUUUACCAAAAAGGGGCUUUCAUGGG